UUAGUGAAAUUUGACAAAAAAAAAAAAAAGGGGAGGGAAACCUUAGGCCCUUAAAAGCCAUUUAUCUAGGAUCCUCUAAAAAUGGAAUCAGAAUUCUAAAUUCCAAUUUGUUUCAAACCUCCAAAUCCAAAUCCAAUUCCAAAAAGGAAUCCAAAUCCAAAACGGGUUAAGAAUUCUCUCUAUUUAAAGGAACUUCUUGCAGCGAGUUCUUCUCACCCUCGUACUAGCCCUAAAACACAAUUGUUUCUGCGAGAUCUCCAUCUGCAUUCAUAGAUUGUUUCUGCGAGAUAUCCAUCUGCAUCCAGAGAGAUGGAAGAGCGAAAAUGGGAAGAGCUAAACAUGGAUUGCUUGGUGAAUGUGCUUGGGAGAGUGGGAAUGGAGUCCUUGCUAUUUAAUGUUCCCUUUGUAUGCAAGUCAUGGUACAAAGCAACUCUAAAUCCUCUAUGCUGGCAGCACCUUGAUUUUCCUGAAAUCUCAGACUCAUUCGAAUCAAGAUUAGUGGAUUCUUUGGGAUCAGAGACCUUUAGUGCAUCUGGAUUGAUUAAGUUUGCCGUCAACCGUAGUGGUGGAUUAGCCGUUUCAGUAGUUGUUCCUUACUAUUGUCCGCAAUGGGCAUUUCAUUGUUUCGUAGAAGGGUGCCCUGCUUUGAAAUCUUUGACGUUGCCUAUUAAGCUGGUGGAUUACACUAUAUUCAUUUCACGUUGGAUAAGCAAGUGGAAAAAUUUGCAGAUGUUAAGGCUUGGAAGUUCCGGUUAUAUGCAAACAAUCCUACCCGAAGUCAGCCUUCAUUGCGAGAAUUUUACUGAUUUAGGUAUUUCAAGUGGCUACAUUGACGAAGAUGAGGCAUUGGAGCUAGUCACCUUACUUCCAGACAUAAAGUAUUUGGAUCUAAGGGAGACAUCUCUUGGACGGGAGGAUCUUGUGAUGAUUUUGAAGGGCUGCAAAAAACUUGUGCAUUUUGAUGUUAGAGACAACAAAGGUUUCGAGUGUGAUGAUGAGAUAUUGAAGCUUGCUUCUCAUAUUCCUACCUUCAUGUAUGAGGGUUCAAGAGAAGAGGACUCCAGUGAUGAUGACAGGAACAAGUUUCAUGGCUUCGUAUAUGAGAUAAAAGAAACGCUGGAUGAGAACUGGAGUGAGGAUGUCGUGACCAUUGAUGAUUUAUUGCCCUUGCCGUCCUCCUCCUCCGCCUCCUCCCGAUGUAUAAGGCUUUGAUUAAUGGUUGGCUGGUUGGUUAAUAUAAAUGUUUGCCGUUGUUUAUUAAUCUAAGAGUUGGUUUGAGAAAAUCAACGUGUUUCUGAGAUUCAGAUGAAGUAAGGCUCACUUGUGGAAUUUUAUAUGUAUCUAUAUUUCCUUUUCAUCUCUAGUUCUUCCUUGCAUCA